AUGCAGCCCAGCAGUUAAACUCAAAGAACUUCAGUAAAACUCGAGAUGCGUGUAUUCAUUGUUAUGUGCCUUGUGGCAGUUGCCUACGCCGACAAGCUGGGCUAUAACUAUCAGCCAGUGGGACACUCCGAUUCCGGCCUGUCCUUCGGCCCUGGUGGUGGCAGCAAUGGAGGUGGUGGUGGAAGUCUCACUGGUCUCUCAAGCAAUAACCUAGGUGGUAUCUCCGGAGGCAACCUUGGUGGUAUCUCCGGAGGCAACCUUGGUGGUAUCUCUGGAGGCAACCUUGGUGGUAUCUCCGGCGGUAACCUCGGUGGUAUCUCCGGCGGCAACCUCGGUGGUAUCUCCAAUGGUAACCUCGGUGGUAUCUCCGGCGGUAACCUCGGUGGCGGAAACUUAGAGGCUCCAGUCUCGUACAAUGCCCCUGCCCCAGCUGCUGAAUUGCAGAAGGAGUUCUUCACUUACACCGCCAACGAACAAGAUUUCGAUGAGCCACAAGCUCUGGAGAAGGUUUCCAGCUCAUUGAACAAAGCUCUACGUGUUGUCUUCAUCAAGGGACCCGAGAACCGUGGUCUGGAGAACGCUGCUCUGGCUCUGGCUAAGCAGGCCGCCCAGCAGGAGACCGCCAUCUAUGUUCUGAACAAGCAGGCCGAUAUCGGAGAUCUGGCCAACAAACUGAAUGCCAUCCGCAGCAACAACAACAACAAGCCCGAGGUGCACUUCGUCAAGUACCGCACUCCUGAGGAUGCCGCCAACGCACAGCGCGCCAUUCAAAGUCAAUACGAUCAAUUGGGAGGCUCUUCCCAGGCUCACAAUGGAGGUGUUGCUCCCGUUCUGAACUUCGCUUCCCAGGGACCAGUGCGUCAGGUUAACGCCAAGUCGCCCGAUAAUUCCUACCUGCCUACCUCGAUUUUCCGUCGUGUCUAAAUUUACAGUUAGAUUUAGAUCAUAUGAAUGAUAAUG